CAUUUUGGGAAAGCAGCAGCACCAGAUCCAAGAUGGCGGCCAGCAGGAGGCUGAUGAAGGAACUUGAAGAGAUCCGCAAAUGUGGAAUGAAAAACUUCCGUAACAUCCAGGUUGAUGAAGCUAAUUUAUUGACUUGGCAAGGGCUUAUUGUUCCUGACAACCCUCCAUAUGAUAAGGGAGCCUUCAGAAUUGAAAUCAACUUUCCAGCAGAGUAUCCAUUCAAACCACCCAAGAUCACAUUUAAAACAAAGAUCUACCACCCUAACAUCGAUGAGAAGGGGCAGGUGUGUCUGCCAGUAAUUAGUGCUGAAAACUGGAAGCCAGCCACCAAGACUGACCAAGUAAUCCAGUCCCUCAUAGCACUGGUGAAUGACCCCCAGCCUGAGCACCCACUCCGGGCUGACCUAGCUGAAGAAUACUCUAAGGACCGUAAAAAAUUCUGUAAGAAUGCUGAAGAGUUUACAAAGAAAUAUGGGGAAAAGCGACCUGUGGACUAAAAUCUGCCAUGAGUGAUUCCAGCAAGUUUGAGCAGAGACCCCGAGCAGUGCAUUCAGACACCCCGCAAAGCAGGACUCUGUGGAAAUUGACACGUGCCACCAACUGGCGUCUGCUUGUGGCAAUUACUAACUUUCUACAGUUUUCUUAAUCAAAAGUGGUCUAGGUAACCUGUAAAGAAGGAUUAAAGAAUUCACAUGUUCUAGUUCUGCUUGCUUUGUUUUAAAAAUCACUGCUUUAGUCUACUUCAAAAGAAUGAAUGGCAUUUCUUUUCUUGCCCAAAUUUACUCAAAGUUGCAGUUAGCCCAGAAGGUUUAAUGAAAAAGGUUGUGGUUUCCUCCCCUCCCCCUUCGAGUCCCACUUCCACACCAAGCCCCCGGCUUCCCACACAGGCCUCGGCAGCACUGCUGACUUUGUUCUGUGCCACACCGCCUGUGGGAAUUAAUAACUCAAGUCCCCCAUACCAGCUUAUUGAUGUCUUUAAAAAAUUAUAAAACAGUAUCAAUACCCUGCCCCAAAGGAACAUUCAUGCAAAGGGAAGCCGUCUUUACAUAAAAUCUUAGCAAAGGGUUUUCACAGUAAUAGACUCGACAGACAGGCCCCUUGGUCCAUAUCUGUGGUCAGGCUGUGCUGGGUCUUUGUAGGGAACCCUAUUAUACCAGGUUUGUGGUGACCUUGGAGGGAAGGUCUGCCAGCAGAGAAUACAGUGCACUUGUGUGAUGACUUUCUCUCCAGAAAGGCUGACAGCAGUCCUUCCUGCAGCUGUGGUAGAAGACCUGGUCAUCACAUACAAAGCAAAAAAGCCAGAAUAUUGUUUUGAAAUUUCAGCUUCUCUACCACCAAGCUCUGAGAGAAUGUGCCAUGGAGCUCCCACUCCUCGGCACAGCAGGCCACCACUGCCUCCCUCACGGUUUACCCUUGGCAGGGUCAGCCAUGGUGGCCUCUGCCUCUUCCUCAGAGCAGCUGCUGGGGCAGCCCAGGAACAGGAUGGCUUUUCCCCUCCCUUUGGACUCAAAGCCUUUCCAGUCAAGCUCCACUUGAAACUCACUCAAUAAUAUCCUUUCAAUGUGUUUUUAUAUUGUUUUGAUUGCUUUUUUUUUUUGUAGAAAUAAAAUUUGAGCUUAGAAUUUAUCAUCAAAUGAACUCUGUCAAGAUUUGAAUGUUAAUGUUUUUUCAAGGGAAGUGGGACUGUCCUUAAAGCAGUAGUGACUCCCUGAGGAAGCUGACGGCCUGACUGCCUGUGCUCACCAACUCACUUCUGCUACUAGGGGUCUAGAUCCUGUGGAGAAGACUGCCUCAAAAAAACCCUUGCUUUCUGCUCUAACCUUAGUUCUGUAACUUUGGGGCUACCUAGACUCACAGACUUGGAAGACAGCUUGUCCUCUCAGGCAGUGUAACACUAUUGGUUUUCCAAGUGUUUGGCUGCUGUGGUGCAUACAUGAACUGUGCUUUAGUUCUAGGUAUGCAUGGGGCAGGUUUCUGGAGACUUCCUUAUGCCCAGGAUGGUCAGAGCCCUGGGCCUGUGUUCUACGUCUGUCUCUUCAUUGGCAGAAAAGUGACAAUGGAUUUUCUUUCACUCACAUUCAGAUUUGUAAUAAAAUUCCAAACUCUGUCAGAAUUGUCCAAACCAACCACCAUUUUGUUGAUGUUGCUUUUCUGAAUCUAGAGAUAGUCCAGCUGUCUCACUGCUUAGCUCUGCCUGCCUGUUACCCCUCACUGCUCUCUGCUCACCAUGGGAGGGUACUCUUAGGCCAGCAGCCCCUCGAAGGGACUCAGCCCCGGCAGCAGAGGCCUGGCUUAGAGUCACUGGUGGCCCUCUGGGCUUGCAUGCCCUGUCCUUUCCAGCCCUGCCUUGAGCAGGCUUUUAGCAAGCUGGCAGGGAGACCUGUGGAGCAGCCCGCCACCCACGCCUGACCCAAGCUGGCUCAGGAAUUCACAUCCCCCUGGUUCCUUUUAGUGCCCGGACCUCGUCCUGCUCUUUCCACAAUGGCAGAGAAUAGGCUUUCUAAGAUGCUGUGACCCCAUUCUGUCCUUAAUAAAAAUGUUCUCAGACACUA